AAAAAGAGUUAUCGAUAGUUUUAAAAGAAAAACAUUGCGCAGCAAAAUAUUUACUAUAAAUAUUCGCCUGGUGGGGCUUAUGCCAAAUAAUUGGACUGCCUGAUAAAUUGUCCAUGCAGCGAAAAAUCAUUUUAAAAUCCAUGGGUAAACAAGCGUGCGGCCGUUAUCAACAAUACGCACGACCAUUCAUAAUAGUGUCUAACGCUUUUGAUUUUUACAUGGAACUGGAUAUAGAGCUAGAGCGAACACAUUUCUAGACAAAAAAAAAACAACGUAAUUACAGAGCCCAAUGUCGGAAGUGACCGAGCCGGACGCUUCUUCCGGUUACCAAAGCCGUGAGCUCGAUGAAUUUCGCGUGAACUGGCAGCGCGAGCUUCACGGACAAAACGAAUGCUCGCAGGCAAAAGAUCAGCCGCCCGGCAUUCAUGACAUUGAAGCGCAAGCCAGGGCUGAGACCCUCUAUCGCACAGCCGUGGAGUUGGAGCAGCGAGGCAAAGUGUAUGACGCUCUAGCCUACUACCGCAAAGCCACCCAAAUGGUACCUGAUAUUGAGUUUAAAUUUUACGAGCAGCAAAAAUUAAUAGUAGAUGCCAACAAAAAGUAUCAUAAUCUACCCGGUGAUUUUGCUAAGCAACUUGAUUUGGCCGACAAGGAGGCUAAAGAAGAUGUAGAGCCAAUUGAUGGUUUGUAUGAGAAGUUCCUGCGUGAUCUUUGCUGUGAGGAAAUCUACGGAGGCAAAAUCGUUAUAAACAGUCGCGAUUCAAGUGUUUUAACAACGGGAAAUAAUUUGCACAUUUCCGAUCUACCACCUGAGAUUUUAAUCAAUAUAUUGCGUUGGGUGGUAUCCUCUCAGCUGGAUAUGCGUUCCCUGGAACAGUUUUCAGCUGUUUGCAAAGGUUUCUAUGUGUAUGGGCGAGACGAGGAGCUAUGGCGAUUGGCUUGCGUCAAAGUGUGGGGCCACAAUGUGGGCACGUUAGAUGCGAAGGACGGUGGUGCAUGCUACGAGACCUGGCGGGAUAUGUUUAUAAGGCGCGAUCGAGUACUAUUCAAUGGCUGCUACAUCAGCAAAACCACCUACUUACGCAUGGGCGAGAAUAGUUUUCAGGAUCAGUUUUACAGGCCGCUGCAGCUAGUCGAAUACUAUCGCUAUAUACGUUUUCUGCCCGAUGGCAAAGUGCUCAUGAUGACAAGUGCUGAUGAACCAGCGCAGGGUGUUAACAAGCUAAAGCAACUCUAUCAUACACGUCCUGAUGUGAUGCGCGGUCGUUAUCGGCUCUUUGGCAGCACUGUAACUCUGAUGUUGCAGAAGACACAACAACAUGCCAGGACCACGGCACAGCGACAUCGUCGUGGUAGUCUGAUGCCCGGAGAGGAAGACAGUACCAAUACGCAGUAUGUGAUUGAGCUACGCAUCAUGAACUCACCCAAGCGACGUUUUGCGCAGCUGGUUUGGUCCAACUACACGUUGGUGCAGCAGCGGAAUAAGGUGGAGCAAAGCUCUGAAUUUGAUUUAACAGCCGCCAAGUAUCCGCCGUUAUGGUUCUCCGCCGUAAAGAGCUAUCAUCUGGAUGCCGAUGCGCCGCUCUCUUAAUUUUGAUUUUGUGUAAAUA